AUGCCCAGGGCUGAGGCCCCCCACGCAGCUGGCGGGCAGAGCGAUGGAGGCGAUGGCGAGGAGGCAGAGCCGGAGGGGAUGUUCAAGUUUGCCUCGGACUCUAGGAGGAAAAUUCGGGACUACCUCCGCCUGGCGCCCCUGUGGCUGGCCCUGGUCGUGCUGGCUUCAGUGGGGGUCCUGCUCUGGUAUUUCCUAGGGUACAGGGCGGAGGUGACGGUCAGCCAGGUGUACUCAGGCAGCCUCCGCGUGCUCAAUCGCCGCUUCUCCCAGGACCUUGCCCGCCGGGAGUCCAGUGCCUUCCGCAGUGAAACAGCCAAAGCCCAGAAGAUGCUCCAGGACCUCAUUGCCAGCACCCGCCUGGGUCCUUACUACAACUCCAGCUCCGUCUACUCCUUUGGGGAGGGACCCUUCACCUGCUUCUUCUGGUUCAUCCUCCAAAUCCCCGAGCACCGCCGGCUGAUGCUGAGCCCUGAGGUGGUACAGGCGCUGCUGGUGGAGGAACUGCUGUCCACAGUCAACAGCUCAGCUGCUGCGCCCUACAGGGCCGAGUACGAGGUGGACACCAAGGGCCUGGUGAUCCUGGAGGCCAGCGUGAAAGACAUAGUUGCACUGAAUUCCACUCUGGGCUGCUACCGCUACAGCUACGUGGGCCAGGGCCAGGUGCUCCAGCUGAAGGGGCCCGACAACCUGGCCUCCAGCUGCCUAUGGCACCUGCAGGGCCCCGAGGAUCUCAUACUCAAACUCCGGCUUGAGUGGAUGCUGGCUGAGUGCCGGGACCGGCUGGCCAUGUACGACGCGGCCGGGCCCCUGGAGAAGAGGCUUAUCACCUCGGUCUAUGGCUGCAGCCGUCAGGAGCCCGUGGUGGAGGUGCUGGGGUCGGGCGCCGUCAUGGCUGUGGUCUGGAAGAAGGGCCUGCACAGCUACUAUGACCCCUUCGUGCUCUCCGUGCAGCCCAUGGCCUUCCAGGCCUGCGAGGUAAACCUGACGCUGGAGGGCCGACUGGACCUGCAGGGCGUCCUUAGCACUCCGUACUUCCCCAGCUACUACUCGCCCAGCACCCACUGCUCCUGGCACCUGACGGUGCCUUCUCUGGACUACGGCCUGGCCCUCUGGUUUGAUGCCUACGCACUGCGGAGGAAGAAACACGACCUACCCUGUACUCAGGGCCAGUGGACGAUCCAGAGCAGAAGGCUGUGUGGCCUGCGGACCCUGCAGCCCUACGCUGAGAGAAUCCCCGUGGUGGCCACCGCCGGCAUCACCAUCAACUUCACCUCCCAGACCUCCCUCACCGGGCCUGGCGUGCAGGUGCACUACGGCUUGUACAACCAGUCAGACCCCUGCCCUGGAGAGUUCCUCUGCUCUGUGAACGGACUCUGUGUCCCCGUCUGUGACGGGAUCAAGGACUGCCCCAACGGCCUGGAUGAGAGAAACUGCGUUUGCAGAGCCACAUUCCAGUGCCAAGAGGACAGCACGUGCAUCUCACUGUCCAGGGUCUGUGACCGGCAGCCUGACUGUCUCAACGGGAGUGACGAAGAGCAGUGCCAGGAAGGGGUGCCUUGUGGGACAUUCACCUUCCAGUGUGAGGACCGCAGCUGUGUGAAGAAGCCCAACCCCCAGUGUGAUGGGCUGCCCGACUGUAGGGACAGCUCGGACGAACAGAGUUGUGACUGUGGCCUCCAGGCCCCCUCCAGUCGCAUUGUGGGUGGGGCCGUGUCCUCGGAGGGUGAGUGGCCGUGGCAGGCCAGCCUACAGGUUCGGGGCCGACACAUCUGCGGGGGGGCCCUCAUCGCUGACCGCUGGGUGAUAACGGCUGCCCACUGCUUCCAGGAGGACAGCAUGGCCUCGCCGGCGCUGUGGACCGUGUUCCUGGGCAAGGUGUGGCAGAGCUCGCGCUGGCCUGGGGAGGUGUCCUUCAAGGAGCCAAGACACACUUAUAAAGAGGAGGAAGAGGAGGAAGGAGGGGAGGAGAACCUGGAGGAAGAGGCUGGUCCAAGUUGGCUUUGGUUUGGGGCUCUCAGCAUUAGCCACGCAGAGAAGGAGCUGGAACAGGGCCCCACUAGCAAUGCUCUGCAGAAGGUGGACGUGCAGCUGAUCCCACAGGACCUGUGCAGCGAGGCCUACCGCUAUCAGGUGACACCACGCAUGCUGUGUGCCGGCUACCGCAAAGGCAGGAAGGAUGCCUGCCAGGGUGACUCAGGCGGCCCCCUGGUGUGCAAGGAGCCCAGCGGCCGGUGGUUCCUGGCAGGGCUGGUCAGCUGGGGCUUGGGCUGUGGCCGGCCCAACUACUUCGGCGUCUAUACCCGCAUCACAGGUGUGAUUGGCUGGAUCCAGCAGGUGCUGACCUGA